AUGGAAAAUCAAAUAAUAGAUUUAUCUUUAACUGGUGAUUUUUCAGAAAAAGUUAGUGAACAUAAUGAGAAAAUAUUAAAAGAGAAAGAAGUGAAACCUAAAUUAGUAUUAACAAAGAAUCAGGAGAAAGACCUACGUGAAGCAUUUAACCUUCUUGACCAUACAGGGGAAGGAAAAAUAAAAGCUGAUGACUUUCGUGUAGUAAUAAAAGCAUUAGGCUACGAACCCACCAAGGAAGAACUUCAGCAAAUGAUAAGCGGCGUUGAUAAAUCGCAGACAGGAAAAUUAAGUUUUGAAAACUUUGAAACUGCCAUUAUGAGAAAAAUAAUGUCCCAGGACAGUGACGGCGACAUUAUGAAGAGCUUCCGUCUUUUUGAUGCAGAUGACAGUGGUUUUAUAAGUUUCGACAAUGUGAAACGGGUCUCUGAAAUUUUGGGAACCCACCUGACUGAUGAAGAAAUCGAAGAAAUGAUUGAUGAUGCUGAUAAAGAUUACGAUGGACUGAUAUCAGUGCAAGAAUUUAUGAAAAUGAUAAAAACUUCAGUUCAUAUAGAAACCCCUUGA